AUGGCCCGCCUCACCCCCGUUCCCCUCCUCCUCCUCUCCACCUUGACCCUCUUUUCCACAACUGUAUCAGGUUUUCCAGCCAACCUCGCCCCGGCUACCACCACAGAUUGUGACGACGUGCACAUCUUCCUCGCGCGCGGCACGUGGGAGGACUACCCGGGCCGGCAGAUCAACGUUGUGUAUGCCAUCUGCAACGGCACGGGGACGGCCACCUGCGAUUACGAGGAUAUUGAGUAUCCAGCGACGCUGCUGGCACCUCCUUACUGCGAUUCGGAAGGACUCGGCGUGGCGCAUGGAACGACCCAGAUCUCGGAGUAUGCGACCAAGUGCCCUGAUUCCCAGCUCGUUCUAUCAGGAUAUUCUCAGGGAGCCCAAGUAGUCGGCAACAUCCUAGGCGGCCAGUCAGGAGGCUCAACCGGCUGCACGGACCAAAACACCACCGGCUUCGACCCCACCACUUCACCCGCGACGAACAUCAAAGCGGUGACGCUGUUCGGCGAUGUGACGCAUGUCGGCAACCAGACGUACAAUACGGCUAAUGGAAGUGCAUUGAAUGGGAUCGAUCCGCGCACCGGAACGCAGCUUGAGCGUCUGAACACGGGGUAUUCUAGCGUGUUGCAGUCUUGGUGCCUGUCAGAUGACCCCAUCUGUGCCCAGGGUGACGACGAUGCUGCGCAUACCUCGUACUUUGAUAUAUUCUCGCAGGCGGCUGGGGAUUGGGUAUUGGCCAAGUUGACAUUGUAA